AUGGACUCUGUGAUUGACCUUAUGCAUGAUUUAGUUGACCCAAAGCUAGAGAUACCUGAUAAUUUCUAUAAGGCAAAGAGGUUGGUAUCAAAGUUAGGAUUGUCAUCGAUGAGAAUUCAUUAUUGUGAAAAUGGUUGCAUGUUAUACUAUAAGGGUGAUAUUGAUCUAGAAUCAUGUAAGUUUUGUGGAAAAUCUCGUUAUAAGCAGACUCCUAGUGGGAAGAAAGUUCCUAUUAAGGCGAUGCAUUACUUACCUCUUAUACCAAGGUUAAAGAGGUUGUAUGCAUCUAAUAGAUCUGCUCCUCAUAUGAGAUGGCACCAUGAAAAUAGAAGACCACCUGGUGUUAUGUGCCAUCCUUCCGAUGGAGAGGCCUGGAAGCAUUUUGAUAGAACAUAUCCACAGUUUGCAGCCGAACCACGGAACAUUAGAUUGGGUUUAUGUUCAGAUCGAUUCACGCCACAUUCUGUUUCUACUGCACCAUAUUCUUGUUGGCCUGUAUUUGUAACACCAUAUAAUCUUCCACCUGAGAUGUGCAUGACCAGUCCAUAUAUAUUUCUCAAUUGUGUCAUUCCUGGCCCACAGAAUCCAAAAGUCUUGAUUAAUGUAUACUUGCAACCUUUGAUUGAUGAGUUGAAACAAUUGUGGGUUCAAGGGGUUGAAACAUUUGAUGUGUCUCUUAAGCAAAAUUUUAAUUUGCGGGCUGCCUUAAUGUGGACUAUUAAUGAUUUUCCUGCGUAUGGAAUGUUGUCAGGGUGGAUGACAGCGGGAAAGUUAGCUUGUCCUUGUUGUAUGGAAAAUACUAAAUCAUUCACUUUGAAACAUGGUCGUAAAAAUUCUUGGUUUGAUUGUCAUCGACAGUUCUUGCCAAUAGAUCAUGAGUUUAGGAGUAUGAAAAAUGCAUUCAGAAAGAAUACUGUUGACCAAGGUUGUCCACCUCUAAUCUUGACUGGAGAACAAGUUUGGGAGAGGGUUCAACAAUUUCCAAAGGUUACAGAAGAACAACCGUACAAAUUUGAUGGAUAUGGUGUUGCACAUAAUUGGACAAAACAAAGCAUAUUCUGGGAGUUACCAUAUUGGAAGGAUAAUCUACUUCGACAUAAUCUUGAUGUCAUGCAUAUUGAAAAAAAUUACUUUGAUAAUUUAUUCAACACAGUAAUGGAUGUCAAUGGCAAGACAAAAGAUAAUGUUAAAGCUAGAAUGGACUUACCAGAAUAUUGUAGGCGAAAAGAGUUAUGGUUGCAAGAGAAACAGAACAACAAGUUCUUCAAGCCUAAGGCUAGUUAUUCAUUUACAUUGGAUCAAAAGCGUAAAAUAUGUGAAUGGGUCGAGCAACUUAAGAUGCCUGAUGGACAUGCUUCAAAUUUGGGAAAACGUGUCGAUAUGGAGCACGGAAAAUUACAUGGUAUGAAAAGCCAUGAUUGCCAUGUCUUCAUGGAAACAUUACUCCCCAUUGCAUUUAGUGGCUUGCCCGAUAGAAUUUGA